UUCCAACUCUGCGGCUCAAGCACACUGAGGCCGCUGACCAGCUGCAAACCCUCCGGAUGGGGCUGAGCUGCGAAAGUUGGGAGAAAGAGAAGCAACCGCGCGAUGCAAAGGGCGAGCGCAGACACCGGCACAGCGCCUUCUUCCCUCGACGGCGCCUCCGUCCGCUGCCCGAGGAAGAAGCGAGGGAGGGAAAAGCAGCCACGUCACUGCCUCCUCCUCCUCCUCCUCCCUCUUUCCCCUUCCCUCCUUCCUUUCUCCCCCUCCGUUGCUGCGGGAAGCAGCGAGGGAGCUGCAAAAAGUCAGUCAGACAGAGGAAGGCGGCCAAGCGCGCCUGGCCCCUCCUGCUUUUUGCGCCGGGCGCUCUGGGAAACUUUUGGCGACUUCUGCCUUUCUAGCGAGAGGGGUGGAGAUAUUGACCGGACUGGGCAGUCUUGGGUCAUCCCUGGGACGGUAGGAGGGUUUCAGCCUUUUAGGAAAGUCACGUCAGAAUGCAGCCCGGCCCUGCGCGCGCGUUUACUUGCGAGUCGACGGGACUCGCCCCCUAGUAAGCGUGCAUUAAUUAGGAGGAGAGCGGGACAGGACGGGGUUUGCGCUGCAAAUCCUAUACGCGUGUCUGUUCAGCAGGGAGCCCCAUUGAGUUCACACGAACUUGCCCUCAGGUAAGCGUGUCCAAGGGUUGCCACUGCUGUUCUGUCAGCCGGUGCCGGGGAUGAAAGUGGACCGAAAGGAAGACUCACCCAGACUUGUUUCAGGAGACAUUUGUCGGUGAGUCAGGGAUGGUCAGCUGGCUGGGUAAAUUCAGAAGUCGGGUGUGGUAGUACUGAUGGCUAGACUCACAAAAUCUUUACCAUGUGGCUGCAGUCUUGGCUGGGCAGUGUAAGAAUUGACCCAGGAGGAGAAUCCUGCGCUUGGUAGUGUGUUGGGGUUUAAGAAAAAAUAAAAAUAAAAUAACUUUUGUCAGGGGGAGUAGGGUUGUCAUUCUUCAUCUGUACGUGCUGAUUUGCAAAUUUUAAAAAGAUUUCCCUGUUGAAUAUCUAGAAGAUGCAGAGCCCAGAAGACUGUGCAUUAAAAAACCCUGGCCAUGUUGCGAACCUAAAUUGCUGGCUAGCUGAAGCAGCCGGACAAUCUUGGAACAGUUCAUGGCUAACUGGAAUGGGAGAAUGGAGGCCGAUCUGUGGCUAUAGGGCUGGCACAGAGCUUUAAAGCUGCAGUUGCAGGUCUUGGCAGAAAUACUGAGGAUGGGUGAAUGCCUGGCAUUUUGGUGUAACCUUUGAGUAAGGCAGUAACUUCCAUCAAGAAGAGACGGGGUUGAGGAAGGCACUAUGGGAACUGCUUCAUCGUUGGUGAACCCCAUCGGCACGGUCGGGGAGGUGAUUGAAGACACCUACGAGGGAGGUGGUGGCGAAGCUUGCGAGAUCCCCGUGGAGGUGAAGCCCAAAGCCCGCCUUCUGCGCAGCUCCUUCCGCCGUGUGGGGACGUCGCGGCCUGGAGGCCUCAUCGGAGCCAGCUUCAAGUCCACAGCGUCCGUACAGGAGCUGGAAUGCAUGGCAGAGUACGAGCGGCUGAAAAAGGAGUACGAGAUCUUCCGCAUCAGCAAGAACAACGAGGUGGCCUCUAUGAUGAAAAAGGAGAACAAGCUGGAUAAGGAGAACAAGAGACUUCGGGCAGAGCUACAGGCACUUCAGAAAACCUAUCAAAAGAUACUCCGGGAGAAAGAAAGUGCUCUAGAGGCCAAGUAUCAAGCCAUGGAGAGAGCAGCUACAUUCGAACACGACCGGGACAAAGUCAAGAGGCAGUUCAAGAUUUUUAGAGAAACCAAGGAAAACGAAAUUCAGGAUUUACUGAGGGCUAAGCGGGAUCUGGAGGCAAAACUGCAGAGGCUGCAGGCCCAGGGCAUCCAGGUCUUUGAUCCUGAGGAGUCGGAUUCAGAUGAUAGCUGCACUGAGGUUACCGCCACUGGAGCUCAGACCGAAUAUUGGACUGGCGGAGCUUUGGGAAGCGAGCCUUCCAUGGGCAGCAUGAUACAGCUUCAACAGUCCUUCCGAGGCCCUGAGUUUGCACAUAGCUCCAUAGAUGUGGAAGGGCCAUUUGCAAAUGUCAACAGAGAUGACUGGGAUGCAGCUGUCGCUAGUUUGCUGCAAGUCACUCCCUUGUUUUCCCACUCUUUGUGGAGCAAUACAAUUAGGGUGUAUCUCAUCAGUACAGAAGAGACUCAGCAAGAAGUAGACAUCUUCAUCCAGAAAUACUCUCCCAAACUUCGGAAAUAUUGUGAAACAAUGGAAUACUUCUUCCAAGCUGUCCAUUUCCCAGUAGAAACUGAAAGUACUUUCCAGGCUGUGAGAAAAUGGGAAAUUGAGAAAAGCUCUUUAGCCAUUUUGUUCUUGCAUCUAAAUUUGCCAAGCUGCCUGCUGGAUGAGUGCGAAGAAGCCUUCUUGAAAAACCCUGAAGGGAAGCCCCGGCUUAUUUGCCACCGACUGGAAGAUGGACAAGUCGGUUCAGAUUCUGUGCAGCGAUUAGUUGAGCAAGUUCGUUUUGUGAACAAAACAAAGAUCAUCAGCCAUAUGGGAGGAGAAGAGGAAGGAGCCCGUGAAGUCUAUAAUUAUGUGGAAAAGACCAUAAAACAGGAUAUACUGGGCUGUGAAAUUACACAACUGGAAAGGAAGGGCGCAACAGACAGUGCUGAGCCUUCCAUUCCCGAAGAGGAAAUUUUUGGAGACGUGCUGUGGGAUGCUCACGAUGAACAAGAACAGAUGGAGGCCUUCCAGCAGGCGUCCAGUUCAACUUCUGAGCUUGGAUUUGAGAAAUAUUACGAACGCCUGAAUGACUUGGUGGCAGCCCCAGCGCCAAUCCCGCCCCUUCUCGUGUCUGGAGGACCAGGCUCAGGAAAAUCUCUCCUUUUGUCAAAAUGGAUUCAGUUGCAACAGAAGCAUUCGCCAAAUACUCUCAUCCUAUACCAUUUUGUUGGGAAACCUUUGUCUAGCAGUUCAGAGCCUGCGCUGAUUCUCAGACGUCUCACUUUAAAGCUUAUGCAGCAUUCCUGGUCAGUCUCACCUUUGACACUCGAUCCUGUAAAGCUAUUAGAAGAAUUUCCUCGUUGGCUGGAGAAACUUUCUGCUCACCACCAAGGCGGCAUUAUAAUAAUUAUUGACUCUAUUGAUCGGAUCCAGCAAGCUGAAAAGCAUAUGAAAUGGCUCAUUGACCCCCUGCCAGUGAAUGUGAGGGUCGUAGUGUCCGUGAAUGUUGAAACCUGUCCCCCAGCAUGGAGGUUGUGGCCAACCCUUCAUCUUGAUCCAUUAAAUGCGAAGGAUGUGAAAUCUCUCAUUAAUGAAGAAUGCAGCUGUGCGGACCUGAAACUGACAAAAGAACAGGAGAAGAAGCUUGAGAAACAUGGUCAUUCUGCUACAACUUGCAAUGCCCUGUAUGUCACUCUCUUGGGCAGAAUGAUGGCUGGUGCUGGAAGUGCAGAAGACAUUGACGUAAUCCUUCAGAGGUUUUUGCAAUGCCAAGACACAGUGUCGCUCUACAAGCUAGUUCUGAAUUCGGUCGAAGAAUCCUUGAAAAGUGAAAAAGACAAAAACCUCAUGAAAGAGAUACUUUGCCUCAUCAGUGUUAGUCACAACGGAGUCAGCGAAUCAGAACUGAUGGAACUAUGUCCUGCGCUGUCAUGGGAAGUGCUGGCCUCGUUAGUUUACAGUUUGCACAAGAUGUGCUUUUUGACAUACGGCUGUGGCUUGUUAAAGUUUCGACACCUUCAGGCUUGGGAGACUGUCAAGCUGCAAUACAUGGAAGAAGAAGGUCAGAAUGUUUUUGCUACUUUCAGAGAAAAACUCAUAGACUACUUCACCAUGCAACUAAGCGAAGAGAGAGUGACUUGGAGGAGUGCAGAUGAACUCCCCUGGUUGUUCCAGCAGCAAGGGGACAGGCAAAAGUUGCAGAAGUGCCUGCUGAAUCUCUUUGUGUCUCAGAACCUUUAUAAAAGGGGCCAUUUUGCAGAACUGCUGAGUUACUGGCAGCUUCUUGGGAAAGAUAAGAGCUCCAUGGCGGCAGAGUAUUUUAGCUCCCUUAAACUUUACGAGCAAAGCUGCGAGGGGGAAGAAAGCAUGAUCUCUCUAGCUGAUCUUUAUGAAACUCUGGGGCGAUUUCUUAAAGACCUGGGUCUUCUCAGUCAGGCCAUUGCUCCUUUGCAGCGCUCGCUGGAGAUUCGGGAGACUGCCCUUGAUCCAGACCACCCCAGAGUUGCCCAGUCACUCCAUCAGUUAGCUGGCGUUUAUGUGCAAUGGAAGAAGUUUGGUAAUGCUGAACAGUUGUAUAAGCAGGCUCUGGAAAUCUCCGAAAAUGCUUACGGGACUGAACAUCUCAGGGUCGCUCGUGAACUUGAUGCUCUCGCAAUGUUGUAUCAGAAACAGAACAAAUACGAACAAGCUGAACAGCUAAGGAAGAAAUCCUUAAAAAUUCAGCAAAAAGCUGUGAGACGUAAAGGAAGCCUGUAUGGAUUUGCUCUUCUGCGCCAACGAGCCCUGCAGCUAGAGGAGCUCACUUUGGGAAAAGAUACGUCUGAUAAUGCUCGGACGCUUAACGAGCUCGGAGUUCUCUACUACCUCCAAAAUAACCUUGAGACAGCAGAGCUUUUCCUCAAACGCUCCCUGGAAAUGCGAGAGCGUGUUCUCGGGCCUGACCACCCAGAUUGUGCCCAGUCUUUGAAUAAUCUAGCAGCCCUCAGCAAUGAGAAGAAGAACUACGACAAGGCAGAGGAGCUGUACGAAAGGGCACUGAACAUCAGGAAAAGAGCGCUGGCCCCAGACCACCCGUCUCUGGCUUACACGGUGAAACACCUUGCUGUGCUGUACAAGAAGAUGAAAAAGCACUCUGAAGCCUUGCCUCUUUACGAACGAGCGCUGAAAAUUUAUGAAGACAGCUUUGGUCGUAUGCAUCCUCGUGUGGGAGAAACAUUAAAGAAUUUGGCUGUGCUUAGCUAUGAGGGAGGAGAUUUUGAGAAGGCUGCUGAACUCUAUAAGAGAGCCAUGGAAAUCAAAGAAGCAGAGACUUUGUUGAUUGGCGGCAAGGCAGCGUCCCGUCAUUCAUCCAGUGGAGACACCCUCAGUUUGAAGAGUGCUUUCUCUCCCAAUGUUUUUUUGCAACACGGACAAAGGUGAUGAUAAGGUAAAGGACCCCUGGACAGUGAAGUCCAAUCAAAGGCGACUAUGGGGUGCAGCGCUCAUCUUGCUUUCAGGCCGAGGGAGCCGGCGUUUGUUCAGACAGCUUUCUGGGUCAUGUGGCCAGCAUGACUAAACCGCUUCUGGCACAAUGGGACACCGUGACAGAAAACAGAGCAUAUGGAAAUGCUGUUUACCUUCCCGCUGCAGCGGUACCUAUUUAUCUACUUGCACUGGCGUACUUUCGAACUGCUAGGUUGGCAGGAGCUGGGACAGAGCAACGGGAGCUCACUGCGUUGCGGGGAUUCAAACCGCCAACCUUUUGAUCGGAAAGCCCAAGAGGUUCAGUGGUUUAGACCACAGUGCCACCCACAUCAAAUGGGUUUGUCUGAAUAAGAGGAGGAUGGCAGUGCCCUGAACACCUUUCCCCCCCCAGUGUUGCCGAAUGUUUUGCAGACUGUUCCACACAGUUAAAAAGUAGUUUUAGUUAUAUUGACACUCCAGUCCUGCAUACAUUACAUGGAUUUAAGUCCCAUUGAUUAUAAGGACAGGUACGUAUAUAAUCUAUAAUACCUUUCUCAGGUGCAGUAAAGGAGGCUCAGGUGAAGCAGUAAAGAUAGAGGUGCGGAAAGAUGGAGGUUCUUGAUUUGAGCAAAAACAGAGAGAUGCUUCCUGAUUGGGGCAGAAAGCUAAGUUGCAUGCCUCCCUUAUUUCCAGCCAAGUAGAGUUAUCCAAGGUGAGUUAUCUUCCACAAAAGGAACAGAGGCUUCCCCUUGUUUUUAACUCGCUGACUCAAAACUGUCAUUUGUCCUGCAGUUUACAGAGGAAAGCCAACUUCAAACUGGGUUUUAUGAUGUUCAUUUGUUUCAAUAGACCAUAGUUAAGCUUAACCAGAAAUUUUGGUUUGGACACAACACAAUUGAAAGUGAUGGCUAAUGAACUCCUUGUGGCUGCACUAGAGAAGAUAGGGAGUACACAAGCCCAAGGCUUAUUCGUGUUACAUAAUAAUCAGGUUUUUUUAGUUACAGCACCUUCUUUCCUUGACCAGGUAUAAAGGAUUUGUUGGAACUGA